AUGCGGGUCACCAACCUGUGCCUUCCUAACGAACUGGGACGUCUCGAAACGGAGAGCUACCAGUGCCCGUUUACGUGGCAUCGCCCAGCGCCCAUUGCCGCUGUGCACACUGUUCUGACUGGAGGGGCACUGCUGGAGGAAGUGCAAGCCUGCCCUGCGUCCAGUAUGGAAGUCCUGGUCCAUAACAAGAUCAACGUCCUGAACGGCACCAUGGUGAGGAUCCAGUGCUUCUUCACCUCCUGCUACAAGAUGGACGUCAACAAGUUUGCCAUGAACUGGACCUACCAGGAGAACACCAACGAGACUGAGGAGAUGUUCAUGACCUAUAAGAAGGGGAUGAUGCCCCUGCGGACAGACCAGUUCAGUGACCGGGUGCAGUUUGUGGGUAACCUGGAAAAGAACGACUUGUCCAUCACCCUCUCUGAUGUCCAGCUGUCGGACGAGGGCGUCUAUAACUGCUACGUGCGCAACCCCCCCGACCGCAUCCAGGGCCACGGAAUCAUCAACAUGUUUGUCGUCACAGAACUGCCUCCCCCGCGGGACUCGACCAUAGCGGUGGCGAUCGGGGCAUCAGUCGGCGGUGCGCUGGCUCUGCUCAUCCUGUCCAUGGUGGUGGUGAAGUGUAUAAGGCGCCACAAGAAACAGGAGCUCAUCUCUGACGAGCAGAAGAUGGAGGAAGAGGGCAAGCUGGAUGCAGAGGGGGGCACCGAGGAGGGAACCAAGUGA